AAUAUGUCUUUCGAUGAGACAUCCGCGGACCGCAAUGUGGAAAUUUGGAAGAUUAAAAAGCUUAUUAAGAGCUUGGAAAUGGCAAGAGGCAAUGGAACGAGUAUGAUUUCGUUAAUCAUACCGCCAAAGGAUCAAAUUAGUCGCGUAAGCAAGAUGUUGGCAGAUGAAUUUGGAACCGCAUCAAACAUCAAAUCCCGCGUAAACCGUCUUUCCGUACUCGGCGCUAUUACGUCUGUUCAACACAGAUUGAAACUUUAUACCAAAGUGCCUCCUAAUGGAUUAGUGAUUUAUUGUGGAACGAUCGUCACUGAAGAAGGCAAAGAAAAGAAGGUCAACAUUGACUUCGAGCCAUUCAAACCAAUCAAUACCUCCCUUUAUUUAUGUGACAACAAAUUUCACACUGAAGCAUUAACUGCACUUCUUGCCGAUGACAAUAAGUUUGGUUUUAUUGUGAUGGAUGGUAACGGGGCGCUUUUCGGUACCUUACAGGGGAACACUCGCGAAGUUUUGCACAAAUUCACUGUUGACCUACCGAAAAAGCACGGUCGCGGUGGUCAGUCUGCGUUGCGUUUUGCGAGAUUGCGUAUGGAAAAGCGUCAUAAUUAUGUACGAAAAGUAGCAGAGGUUGCAACCCAAUUAUUCAUCACAAAUGACAAACCUAACAUUGCUGGGUUGAUUCUGGCAGGUAGCGCUGACUUUAAAACGGAACUAAGCCAGUCUGAUAUGUUCGAUCCGAGAUUGCAAUCAAAAGUCAUCAAGCUUGUCGAUGUUUCUUACGGUGGAGAAAACGGUUUUAAUCAGGCAAUAGAGCUGGCAGCAGAAUCGUUACAAAAUGUAAAAUUUAUUCAAGAGAAAAAGUUGAUUGGUAGAUACUUCGACGAAAUAUCACAGGAUACAGGAAAAUACUGUUUUGGCGUUGAAGAUACUCUGAAGGCCCUAGAGUUGGGAUCGGUGGAGACUCUUAUAUGCUGGGAAAAUUUGGAUAUUCAGCGUUAUGUAUUGAAGAACCAUGCAAGCGCUACAUCUACCACAGUAUUACAUUUAACGCCUGAACAGGAAAAGGACAAAUCUCAUUUUACUGACAAGGAGAGUGGCGUUGAAAUGGAAUUGGUCGAGUCGCAACCACUACUUGAGUGGUUAGCUAAUAACUAUAAAUGUUUCGGUGCAACUUUGGAAAUUAUCACGGAUAAAUCCCAAGAAGGUAGUCAAUUUGUACGUGGUUUCGGAGGAAUAGGAGGAAUACUGCGUUAUAAGGUAGACUUUCAAAGCAUGCAGUUGGACGAAUUGGAUAAUGAUUGUUUCGAUCUGGAAGACUAUUAA